GCCGGAUCCUGUUUCCAGUAUCAGAUCUAACGUUAUAAGCAGUACUUGUAUCACGUUGCUAUGGAAGGCCGCAAAUUCUGGACCGUUUUAUCCGAAAGAACAUUUAAUUACAGUGUCGAGUCGUGGAGUUGCUGUAACUAACAACACGCUAACGACGACAAUGGACAGCGAACAAUUUGAACACACACAUACGUUUUGUGGUCUGCAUCCAUACACAGCAUACAGUUUUAGCGUUCGCAUUAGACCUACUGGUGUUUACUCGGGGUACUAUAGCGAACCUGUUAUACAUAAGUCCACGACUUAUUCCGACAUUCCAAGUGCAAGUCCCGAUGUUACAGACUACAGGUGGGACCAAAGAGAAUGUGAAGAUGGAGGACAAAAAAGACUGGUGUGUUUGUUUUGGAAGCCAAUAAAAGCGGAGAAUCAGAACGGACCAAUGAAAGGGCUGCACGGUGAGUUCACAGCAUUACCACCUGCCAAUCAUAUAAUCAAAGAGGACUGGACGGCGGAAGUGACGUAUGGCUGUUCUUUUAUACUGUGUAACACGAGUUAUCUGUUCACUAUAAAAGCAAGAAAUAUAAAUGGUACAUCAAAACGAGGCCCAGCAAUUACCAUACCCGCCUUUGUGCCAGGUUCCAUCAUAGAUGUUGACCAUGAACUAAAUGUUGGACAUGCAACUCCAAACAAUGUAA